AUGUCGCGAGGUCGCCACGCGGACGAUAUUCUCAACAUAAAUGUUGGCGGAAAGAAAUACACCGUUCGAAGGACAGAUAUGCUGGCAGAUCCACGGUCGAAACUAGCCGAGUGGUUUAAGCCUGGGACCGUGAAGCCGAUAGCAACGGACAAAGGUGGGAAUUACUAUCUGGAUCGAGAUCCAAAGACGUUUCGCCACAUUUUGGCAUAUUUACGUCUGAAGAAAGAAAAGUUUGUACCAUCUCUUGCUUUGCCCAGUAAACCGGACGAUUUAGCUAAGCUAGUCGGGGAAUGUGAGGCUUUGAAUCUUGCCGAACUCAAGGAUCUUGCUCUGGAUUUGCUUCAAAAGUAUCAGCGUACAGAGGAACAGCAUUAUGUGACAUCAUUUGUUCAAGUCACGCUACGUGACUUCGAGAGCUGGCAGUUCGAGAGAGAACAGAACCAAAUUGCUCUGAAGAAAAAGGCGUCGAACGAAGAAGAGUAUCAGCCGAAUUCCGCUUACGAUGAAUGGGACAACCUUUAA